AUGUCAUUACUAAAAAAUCACAAGUUCUUGUCUACACAUUAUAUUCUCCUGCUGCUGCAAUUCCACACUGUCCAAAACCCACUAAAAUUUCCGUGCUUUCUUAAGGGAAAAAUGAACAGGCCAGGAGAUUGGAACUGCAGGUCAUGCCAGCAUCUGAAUUUCCAGAGGAGGGACUCGUGCCAGCGAUGCGGAGACCCCAGGCCCGGCGAAAGAGGUGAUUAUGGAAGUUUUGGCAGCGGAAGAGGCGCCAUGUCCUUCGGCUUCACCGGCCCAGACGUAAGACCCGGUGACUGGUACUGCACCGUUAGCAACUGCGGCGCCCACAACUUUGCCAGCCGCUCCAGCUGCUUCAAGUGUGGGGCGGUCAAGGAUGAUUGCUCGGGCGGCGGUGGCGGUGGCAGUGGAGGAUUUGAUAGUGAAAUGUCUCGAGCUCGAGGGUUCGGAUUAGGGGGCAGCAGCCGCUCCGGAUGGAAAUCUGGUGACUGGAUUUGUGCCAGGUCAGGGUGCAAUGAACAUAACUUUGCAAGCAGGAUGGAAUGCUUCAGAUUCUCUAUUUUUGGGUUCGAAGUUGAUUAA